AUGGCGCCCACGGUGACGUUUCCAAUGUCGGACAUGUCAAUGUUCCCCUCAACACCAAACAUCCACCGAUGUGCAUGUCGUCCCGAUUACCUCCAUUCAGAUUGCCCAGCUUUCAAUUUACUGCAGCCCAAGGCAGGUCGAAGGAUGUUCCCGAGAUUCGAGCGAUUCCCCAGGUAUCCAUCCAUUCCACCCUGUAACCUGUCCCAUCCCAUCCAUCCAUCCAUUCAUCCAUCCAUCCAGCUCUCUAGCACUCUAGGUACGACUACAAAGUACUUGGACAAGAACGGGCCAGCCACGCCCCCCUCAUUGCCUCCGACACGUUGA